GGCACCCAAGGGCAUUUUCAAACUUUCUCCAGAAAGUCCACGGCGUGGCUCUGCCGGACUAAUUACCCCGUCAAACUUUCCCUAAUGAGGCUGUGAGCGCGAGCGGCACCGGCCGGGCUCCUAUCGCGGGCUGUAGGGGCGCAGGCGGUGGUCGUGCCGGCUUUCAGUCCGGUGGGAAGUCGGUCAGUCGCACAGAUGUGAAGGUGUUCUCCGGAUCUCCCUCCCUCUCCAUCUCCCUGUGUUUUAUGUCUGCGUCACAACAAGUCGAAGGAGAGCGAGAGAGAAAGAGAGAGAGGCAGAGAUGAUGAUGAUGGCGUCUCUCUCGGGCUGAAUCUCCUGACGAGCACACGCUUGAAAGCAUCAAACCGAGAGACAUGAAGACGGACAGAGAGAGAGAGAGACGGACGGACGGACAGACGGUUGCGCACUGACGCGCGUUUGAUCCGCCGCGACUCUCCAAAACGCGCCGAUUAUUCGGGACAGUGAUUGAGACGCAGAACAACACCGGUCACCAUCAGGCGUUUCAUGUGAGACUGACAUCUCUUCCCCGUCUCUGUGACCCCAGCAGAGCCGAUCACUCCACACAGGAUGGGGGGAGUCAGUGAAGGAGAGGAUGUUUUGGCCAGGUGGAGCGAUGGACUUUUAUAUCUCGGCAAUGUCAAACGAGUGGACAGUGUCAAGCAGUGCUGUUUGAUCAGAUUUGAGGAUAACUCUGAAUUCUGGGUCCUCAGGAAAGACAUCCACUCGUUCUCUUCAGGAGGAGAGGAGGUUUGCUGUAUCUGUGAUUCGCCACCUCUUAAAGAACCUCUCGUAAACUGCCUCAAAUGUCGCCACGGUUAUCAUCCAGAGUGCCAUACCCCGUCCAUAGAGCCUGAAGUCGACCCCAACAGCUGGAUUUGUCGCCAAUGUGUCUUCGCAGUUGCAACCAAGAGAGGAGGAGCGUUGAAAAGAGGACGUUUCGCUCGGCUCAUGCAGAUCAUGAAAGUACGCUUGCCCUAUCAGCUCUCAUCUCUGGACUGGGACCCUCAGCACUUGACCAACCAGCAGCAGUGUUACUGCUAUUGUGCUGGGCCUGGAGAGUGGAAUCUAAAGAUGCUGCAGUGUGGCAGUUGUGGACAGUGGUUUCAUGAAGCCUGCACUCAGUGCCUGAGCAAACCUCUUCUGUAUGGAGAUCGCUUUUAUCAGUUCCAGUGCUCCGUCUGCAGCAAUGGAGCAGAGAGCGUCCAGAGGCUUCCCAUGACCUGGGUAGAUUUGGCCCAUUUGGUGCUGUAUCACCUCUCUCUGUGCUGCAAGAGGAAGUACUUCGAUUUCGAUCAUGAAAUCAUGUCGUUUGCAAAUGAGAACUGGGAGUCUUUGCUUCUUGGCACGCUGUCAGACACGCCGAGGCAAGACCGUUGCCAAAACCUGCUCAACGCUUUAAACUCCCACAAAGACAGGUUCGUCUCGGGGAAGGAAAUCAAGAAGAAGAAAUGUCUCUUCGGGCUCCAGGUUCGAGCUCCUCCCCCUCUGUCAUCCGACCAAUCACCUUUCAUCGCCGAACAGCCAAUUAACAUCACCCACAGGAGAAGCCCGUCGUCAGUGUCCUGUCAGCGGAGAGCAGUGGCACCGGAUGUGCGUAAACCCAAACGUCGGGUCACUGAGACACAGUCUUGUCCAGCAGGAGUUGCGGCAGACGCUCUUGACCGCGUGCCGUGCUGUCGUGGUUAUGAAGGAUCAAACCUGUACAACUCCAGAAAACCAGAUGAGGAGAUGAGUCUGGGUUCACCGCCGAAGAGGAUGUUUGCUCUCUAUCAUCCAUCAUACAACGCAUCUCAGGACCUGUCUAGAGCUCUUCACCACUACAGUGCAGAGGACCCUUGUGGACUUCCAGCUCCCUGCCUUCCGUGCUCUGUGUCGUCGGCUCACGCACCGGCGCAGCGCUAUGAAAGCUGCCCUUCUCUCUUCCUGCGGGACGUGCCUCCCUUCCACAGCCCCGUGGGCAUGGCUGCACCAUCGAGCAUGGGCUGGGCAGGAGGAGAUGCUGUCCGAAUCCUUGCCCGACGCGUGACGGCCGACGGAAAGCUCCAGUACCUGGUGGAGUGGGGGAACGUGAGCGUCUACUGAAAACACCAUCAACAGAGACCCAGGAAAGGGCUACAGACAUGCGGAUGAACUGCUAGAAAACUGUGAGAGGCUGUUUGGGACAAAACACACUGAAACACUUACAAAUAUAUGUUUGGUCAUACACUCACCGGCCACAUUAUUCAGAACUGUCUUAAUCCCUGGAAAACCCUCUGGUACUGCAAAUAUUCCUUUUUGAAAUGGAGAUUUUGGUCCAUAUUGACAUGAUAGCAUCACACAGUUGCUGUAGAUUUGUUAGUUGCACAUA